AUGGCCUCCCUCAGACCCCACAACGACGUCCUCAUGCACAAGCCCGCCCUCCUCGCCAUCCUCCACGACCUCUCCGCCCGCCUCUUCGCCGCCUUCGCCCACCAGGUCCGCCUCGUCGUCCACGGCGGCGCCGUCAUGGUCCUCCACCCCUUCCUCCACAACCGCAGCGCAACCCGCGACGUCGACUACCUCCACCGCGCAUUCCUCGCAGAGUACCAGCGCUACGGCGUCCGCGACGCAGAGGCCCGCCUCGCGUCCUGCAUCGCCGCCACGGCCCGCGCCCACAACCUCGGCGCAGACUGGAUGAACGCACACGCCGACGUCGCCCUCCCCAUGGCCCGCGACGGCCAAGGCCAGCCCUUCGACCCCAUCUUCCACGCCGCCACCACCCCCACCAACAUCUCCCACAACACCCUCUUCUCCGCCCCCGGCCUCCUCCUCCUCGCCGUCAGCUGGCCCUGGGCCAUCGCCCUCAAAUUCGUGCGCUACCAAAAACACGACCCCGCAGACAUCGCCGCCAUGCUCCGCCUCGGCCACAAGCAGGCCCGCGUCCGCUGGAGCCGCCAGGUCCUCGAGAGCUGGAUCAUGCAGUGGUGCUGGCCCAUGGGAUACUCGCAGUACCCCCCGCCCCACCUCGAGUCGCUCCGCGAACGCAUGCGCCACGCGAUUGACCUCGCGUACGGGCAGACUCGGCCGUGA